AUGAAUCUGGAGAAUAAUAAUAACAGUGGAGAAAGUAGUGUGAAUAACAGCUCAUUACCACCAUUAACUGAGAAAGAACAUAAAGAAAUAGAAUUAAGAGAACAAGAUAGAUGGCUACCUAUUGCAAAUGUUGCAAGAUUAAUGAAGAAUACAUUACCAACAACUGCUAAAGUUUCUAAAGAUGCAAAAGAAUGUAUGCAAGAAUGUGUAUCUGAAUUCAUUUCUUUUAUAACGAGUGAAUCAAGUGAUAAAUGUUUAUCAGAAAAGAGAAAAACUAUUAAUGGUGAAGAUAUAUUAUUUGCAAUGUCAAGUUUAGGAUUUGAAAAUUAUUCAGAAAUUUUAAAAAUUUAUCUUGCUAAAUAUAGAGAACAACAAGCUUUAAAACAAGAACGUGGUGAAACCAAGAGGCCAAAAGAACAAAAUAACCAACAAAAUGGAUUAUCAGGAUCUUAUGAAGAACAACAACAAUUAGAAAGAGAAAUUACAAAUAUUCCAUUACAUGGUGAAGAUGAAUUAGAUAUUGGAAAUCAUAUGCAUCAUGAUUUAUUAAAUUCAAUGAAUGGGAAUGUUGAUGAAGAUGAAUUAUUAUCAUUAGAAGAACAUCAUCAACAAAAUUCGUUAGAUGAUAAUAGUGAAGAAGCAAGUACGCAUGUUAGUACAGAUCAUUAUAAUCCAAAUGGGAUGAAAACUGAAGGUGAAGAUGGUGUAUUGUAUGAGUAUACUAAUGAACACUAUUGA